AUGGCUCCUCCUCAUGGCGAUGAAUCAAAGCUUCUCGAACAAGUGAAGGAUUUCUUUGCGAAAUAUGAGGUAAACUUACUUGAAACUACGUUCGAAUUUUUUAAAGCCUAAAGGAAGGCGUUCAAGGAUACUCCAAAAUUUUCCGUGCGGCCAUUUAUCAUUGAUUUUUGUUGUAUGUGAUUCUAAUCCAUUCAAGUCCUAAAAAAAUCUAAAAAAAAACGCCAGAUUCUGACAGCUACUUUUUUUCUUUGUUUUUUUAUGUGAGUAACUGAAGAUCUUCCUGAAAAAUGUGUUCAUCAGUUUAGUUCCAAAAAAUUUCAGACCAGCAAAAAGGAUCAAAAAGUAUUCACGGAUCUUUACCGGAAGUUUCUGAUGGAAAAUGCUCACAUCGAUUGGAACUCAUGGAAACACAUAAGUGAAGACGUUCAAAAAGACGCAAAAAAUUUACCUCCGUUUGAUGGGUCGAGGUUCGUGGGAAAGUUUUUCAGGAACUAUUUUUUGAACACAGGAACGAUGUUUUGAAAAGACUGGCUGUGGUGAAACUGAACGGAGGGCUUGGGACAACGAUGGGAUGCGAUGAACCAAAAUCUUUUAUCGUUCUACGUGACGGACUUUCUUUUCUAGAGAUCGCCAUCAAGCAACAUCAGGUGUCUUUGAAGUUAUUCUGGUCAAAAACUCUCAAAAGUAUUCUUUUUUUUCCUUUGCUAGGUAACAUAUUAAACUAGAAUUGAAUAAAAAAGGUUUUCUUUUGAGGUUCGUUAGAAAAAGUUUGUGGGCAAUAAAAUUCAAAAUUCACAUCUGGUCUCAAUAGUGCACUCACCCCUUGCUUUCCUUCAAAACAAGAAAAAUAUUCAACUCUCUUCAUACUGCUCUAAACAAUAACAUGUGAAUUCAGAAAUGCAACGAAAAGUACAACUCGUCCGUGCCGUUGUACUUGAUGAACUCUUUUUAUACAAACCGAUCCACCCAAGAGAAGCUUCGAGAAAUGGGCGUUGAGGACGACGUUCAGUGCUUUGAACAGUCAAAGUGUCCAAGAAUCUUCAAAGACUCGCUGCUCCCAGUUGGUGAUGCCGAAUGGGGCGAUGAUGCGUGAGUUCAAAACUAGACCGUAGCCAAAAAACUACAACUUAUGUCAUCCUAACGUCAUUUUGUAAUUUUGUACUUCAUACUAUCAGAUCAAAAUUAUUUCCAGGUGGUGCCCACCAGGACACGGAAAUAUAUUCGAAGCAUUAUCAAACACGGGAACACUACAAAAACUACUUGAUGAAGGUAUAUUCAAGUUCGGCUGAAGUUUAUAGCAUUUUUUUUCGUUUUGAUUGUCUGUAAAACGAUUAAAAAUUGAAACACAUCAUGUUCCGCCUUUUGUUGUUAACAUGAGGAAGUUCGUCAUCCUUUCUGUGUACUUUUUAGGGAGGUUUCACUUUUCAGAUUAGAAAGGAAGUUUUUAAAAUUUUUUUCCCUGUCACUGGAAAGCAAAUAUAUUUUUCAAACUCAGUUUAAAACGAAAAUUAAAAAAAACUACAUAUAAUCUGUUUGGGAAGGUGGGAAAAAAAUGGUCUUGUUAAAAGUUCCUUUUGAGCUCCCAUUUUUUCUGGUAUUCUCAUUUGAGAGACAAAUAAGCCAUUUCUUUUUUUGUUGGAGGAAUUUUCCCAAAUGCGUGGUCGUACAAAAAAAAGUGCGCGAAAGUCGUUUUAAGUCGGGUGCAAGUUUAAGAAACUGCUUUGGUUACAGCUAGUGUCGUGUGUCUUUACAAAGAAACAGGAAGUUAUGACUAAAAGGUUUGAUUAAGGACGUGACAUUCUCUUCGUUUCGAACAUCGACAACACUGGCGCCACAUUGGAUCUUUCGAUUGCUCAGUUUAUGGCUGACAGUAGCCUUGAGUACGUGAUGGAGUGCACGAACAAAACGCAGAACGACAUCAAAGUACAGAAAAGAUAACAGGAGGAAGUCAAUCGGUGUCUUCUGCAGGGAGGAACUUUGAUCGAAAUCAGUAACCGGUUGAUGCAUCUGGAGAUCCCUCAAGUGCCUCCGGAACACCUUGACGACUUCUGCUCCACUAAAGUUUUCAAGUAAUUUUUGUCUUGUGAGUGGUUUUAACAUGGUUUUUCAGAAUUUUCAAUACAAAUAAUAUUUGGGUGAAUUUGAAAGCUGUGAAAGCAAAUCUUUCUGAUAUCAAAAGUGAAAUCAUCGUCAAUCACAAGGUUUAUUCGAGACACAGUAUUUUUCAAAGAUGGUAAUUCAGACUGUUCGUGGAAGACAGGUCAUCCAGUUGGAAACAUCGAUCGGAGGAUGCAUCCGGAACUUCGAAAAGGCGUACUGUAUGUGAAAAAUUAUGUCCCAAGCUUCAGAUUCACUCUCCUACAAAUAAAAUAACUUUUUAACUUUUUGUUUAAUUUCUCAAAUUUUAAUUUAGAACGCUUAAAGAUUUUUUUUCAACAUCAUUCAUUCAAGAAAACUCGGCUUUUUUCAUAUCUCUCAAACUAAAUUUUUUCAUUUCAGUCUUUCAAACUUUAAAAAAGCAUGCGAACAUUUUGCAGGCGUGCACGUCGAUCGCAGUCGUUUCAGACCUGUAAAAAGAGUCGAAGAUCUUGUCUGCAUGUCUUCGAACUUAUUUGAAAUCACUCCAGAUUUCACAUUUUGCCUUGUCGCUCCACAAGUUCCCACUAUCGAUUUGGGGAAGUUUUAUCAAAAGGUAAUCGAGAGUUUUUGCUUAAAACAAGGCUAACAUUUCUGCCGAGUCCUUUCUUUAUUUCACUUUUUUUUGAACUUUAAUCCAAGUCCCAACUUUUUGAGGUCGCCAACAAAGACAAACGGAUGCCAAAAGUCCCGAAAUUUUCCAACGCUUCAUCAUUUGUGAUAGAAGGCGACGUUGCUUUCGAAGGCGAUGUGACUAUCAAAGUAAGUGCAAAAAAAUAUUCCAAAGAAAUUUCAAUCAUUUUCAGGGAGAUGUAUCGAUUAUUAAUAAGAAAGAAAAACAAGAAAUAAUUCCGGCCGGAGCUGUAUUGGACAACGAAAAAAGGAAUCUAGAAUGA